CCUUCCUGAACAGUGGGCUGUGGUGCUGGGGCCAGACCAGUUCCCCUCUGCAGAGCCUGCCACAAGCAUGGACCAAGAGACCCUGGGCAAUGUUGUCUUGUUGGCCAUUGUCACCCUCAUCAGCGUGAUCCAGAAUGGGUUCUUUGCCCACAAGGUGGAGCACGAAAGCAGGAUGCAGAAUGGGCGGAGCUUUCAGAGGACUGGAACCCUUGCCUUUGAGCGGGUCUAUACUGCCAACCAGAACUGUGUGGACGCGUACCCCACUUUUCUAGUGGUGCUUUGGACUGCGGGGCUACUCUGCAGCCAAGUUCCUGCUGCCUUCGCUGGACUGAUGUACUUGUUUGUGAGGCAGAAGUACUUUGUUGGCUAUCUGGGAGAGAGAACUCAGAGCACGCCUGGCUACAUAUUUGGGAAGCGAAUCAUCUUGUUCCUGGUCCUCAUGUCCCUGGCUGGCAUCCUUAACUAUUACCUCAUCCUCUUGUUCGGAAGUGACUUUGAAAACUACAUAAAGACCAUCACUACCACCAUCUCUCCUCUGCUUCUCAUUCCCUAGCUCCCUGUGGAGUGCGGGCUCAGCUGAUCAAUACCUAGGAGUUGUCAUAACUCAGCCCUUUAAAGGAUCCUGCUUCUCUUCUCUAUAGAUAGCUGUAAAUCUAAUGGCCAACCGGGCCUCACAGCAUGUGUUAACCUUGCUUUUCCAGGAAGAAGACAAUUUCGUGUCAGCUCCCUCCCCCUCAACACAUCAGUAGCCUCUCCGAUUUAUUACUCAGAUCCAUUCUAUAUGUUUCAUGACUUGCUUUGCUUUCUGAUGGUGUUUUGUGGCCAGAUGCAUGUUUUCUUAAAAUAAAAUGCACAGACAACUUUCA